AUUGUGUCCACUAUAAACUUUACAGGUAAGUUACUCGUUAAAGAGAAAGGUCAGGGGCGGGGUCCCAGGACAGAACUCAUACAUGUCAAUGCCCGUGACCACCCCUCCUUGCUAUAAAGACGUCGAUCACAUUCCAGCGGGCGGGGUUCAUGACUCUCCGCGUUUCUCAAUGAGUCUGUGGAGAGCGCAACUGGAACAGCAACUGGAUUGAGCGUGGAGCAGCCAACAGCACUGUCCACUCAGAAGCCAAAAUGGAUUACAGACGGAUUAAGCGAAUUUUAUUUGUCACUGUAUUUAUGAACUUUGUAUUUAUUUCUCUUCAGAAAAAGGAAGAGGUGCUGUUGGAUAUGAUGGCAUCGGGAGCAGAGUUGGGUUGGUUGACAUCGCCUGUUGAGCGUGGGUGGGAGAUUGGCCAGCGGGCUGUGAACGGCUCUCUGUUGUAUAACUAUUAUAUAUGUAACGUGGAGGAACGAGAACAAGACAACUGGCUUCGUACUACGUUCAUCCAGCGCAACCCCACUGCUUCUAGGGUCUUCGUGGAGCUGCGAUUCGUAGUUCGUGACUGCAACUCUUUCAAUGCAGACUCGCUUAUCUGCAAGGAGACUUUUAACUUGUACGCCUCUGAGGCUGACGCAGACAUCGGCACUGCUUUUCGCAAAGGACUGUUCCGCAAGGUGGCCACCAUUGCUCCAGAUGAAAUAUCCAGCCUCGGGGAGAUGAAGAUGAACAUCGAGACAAAAGUAGUGGAUAAUCUUUCUCGCAAGGGCUUCUACCUGGCCUUCCAGGACAUUGGGGCCUGCGUAGCCAUCUACUCUGUCAGGGUUUACUAUAAAACAUGUCCAGCCACAGUGAAGAGCUUGGCAGCAUUCCCUGAGACAGUGGCAGGGGGAGAGAACCAAGCCCUGCGGGAGGUGGCUGGAAGUUGUGUCGAAAAUGCUGUAAGCGAGGACCAACCUCGCAUUUAUUGUACCACGGAUGGAGAAUGGGUGGUACCUGUGAGCCAAUGCCAGUGCAGACCCGGGUUCGAAGCCAUGAACGAUGCUUGCCAAGAAUGUCAGCCAGGCUUCUUCAAAUCUUCAGUGUCCAGUGAGGCCUGCAAACCCUGCCCGGAAAAUACGCAGCCCUCGGGUCGUGGCGCCAUCAGCUGUUCCUGCAAGGAGGGCUUUUAUCGAGCACCCGAGGACCCCGAGACAGCCGCUUGCUCUGGUUUACCUUCCGCUCCUCAGAGUCUGCUGGCCACCACAGCUCAGAUGUCAAUAGGCAGGCUUCAAUUGUCAUGGAGGCCCCCUGCAGACACCGGUGGCCGCAGUGAUAUCACAUACACUGUGGUUUGUGAGCGGUGUGAGGGGAGGGCGUGUCAGACUUGUGGCGAGAAAGUGCGUUUUGACCCAAGCAACUCUGACUUGAAGGAGACCAGAGUCACUGUGAGUGAACUGGAGCCCCAUUUGAACUACAGCUUCACAGUAGAGGCACGGAGCGGAGUGUCUCAGUUCAGCAAUAAGAGAGCCAUUAGCAGCAUCAACACCGCUUUACAUUAUACAGAUCCCCCAAAAGUGACUGCAAUGCACCUUGUGGAAAGUAGCCCCACCAGCCUGUCGCUUCAGUGGUCUGUUUCUCACCGUGCCAAGCCAGUUGCUUCACGUUACGAACUGAUGUAUCGCAAGAAGGAAAAUGAUGAGGAGAAGGCCAGUGGAAAGGUCACUACUUACACUGUGCUGGUGCUGGAAAAGAACUCGGUUCAAAUCAGUAAUCUGUCUCCUUCCACCGUCUACUUGUUUAAAGUCCAAGCUUUGAGCUCAGAGGGAAACUCGGGCAGCUACAGCGUGGAACAGGAGUUUUCAACACUCCCCGAAGCUCUUCAAAAACCGGGAAACACAGCGGUGAUCCUCGGGGCAGCGAUUGGGGGAGGCGUCAUGCUUUUCAUCGUAGUAGUGGUCCUGCUUGUGCGAAAACGCCGAAGAAACUCUCACACCAGGCAAGGGCCAGAGGACACUUAUUUCUCCAGCCCAGACCAGUUGAAGCCGUUGAAGACCUACGUCGAUCCUCACACUUACGAAGACCCCAACACUGCAGUGCUGAAGUUUGCCAGCGAGAUCCAUCCUAGUCACGUCACCAAGCAGAAAGUCAUCGGAGCAGGUGAGUUUGGAGAGGUGUAUCGUGGAAUUCUAAAAGUUCCUGGCCGGAAGGAAACAGCGGUAGCAGUAAAGACACUGAAGCCAGGCUACACAGAGAAACAGAGGCAGGACUUUCUUAGUGAGGCCAGCAUCAUGGGACAGUUCUCACAUCAGAACAUCAUCCGACUGGAGGGAGUGGUCACCAAAUUCAAGCAUGCCAUGAUUGUGACUGAGUACAUGGAAAAUGGAGCUCUUGACAAAUACCUGAAGGACCACGAUGGCGAGAUGUCGUCCUUCCAGUUGGUUGGUAUGCUCCGUGGCAUUGCAGCUGGAAUGAAAUAUCUCUCAGACAUGAGCUAUGUACACAGGGAUUUGGCUGCCAGAAACAUCUUGGUCAACAGCAAUCUGGAGUGCAAGGUGUCUGACUUUGGUUUGUCACGUGUUUUGGAGGAUGACCCUGAAGGAACCUACACCACCAGCGGAGGUAAAAUUCCUAUUCGCUGGACUGCUCCAGAAGCCAUAGCUUACAGGAAAUUCACGUCAGCAAGUGAUGUGUGGAGUUUUGGCAUUGUCAUGUGGGAGGUCAUGGCCUUUGGAGAGAGGCCAUACUGGGACAUGAGUAACCAUGAGGUAAUGAAGGCCAUUAAUGAGGCUUUCCGCCUUCCUGCUCCGAUGGACUGUCCCUCUGCCGUGUAUCAGCUGAUGUUACAGUGCUGGCUGCAAGAUCGCUCCAAACGGCCUCGCUUUGGUGACAUUGUCAGUCUACUAGACAAACUCCUCAAGAGCCCAGAUUCUCUGAAGGCCAUUGCAGAUUUUGACCCUCGAGUUUCCAUUCGGCUUCCCAGCACCAGUGGCUCAGAUGGCUCUCCAUUCAGGUCUGUGGCGGAGUGGCUAGAGUCCAUCAAGAUGAGCCAGUACAGUGAAAACUUCAGCAUAGCCGGGAUCGUCAACAUGGAACAGGUGCUGCAGAUGAAAAGCGAGGAUAUCCGUAACAUCGGAGUCCGUCUGCCGGGCCAUCUGAAGAGGAUUGCCUACAGCAUCUUGGGGCUUAAGGACCAGACGAGCACCCUGAGUGUGUUUGCAGUGUGAACUGUCUUUAAAAUGCACCGAAGGGACCAAAACCUUUGGCUGUGGACUGAAUAAACUCUCAGCUGCCUCAGGAUUGGACUGCAGGGACAGCCCUUGACCUGGCCUUAACCCUCCAGCCUAGCGAGAUGGACUCUCACCACUGUGGAGCCAUGUAGCAUUUGAUGUACUUCUCAAAAAUGGAGGAAGUGUAAAACAAUCAAAAAGCUAUUGAUGUACGCAUCAAACCAUGUAUAUUAGAUCUAUUUUUACCAUAUGCAUAUGUUUAUUUUUUAGAAGAAAAUAUAGUAAUUUCUUUAGUUUUGUUUUUUAAUUUUUUGUUUAGUUUCAUAUGCAUGCUUAAUUCUCAUCAGAGAGUGAUCAAUGCUAGUUAGCGGUCACUUUACUCUCGGAUUUUAUACGUUGCUCCUCCAGUGGUGUUGAAGGAGAACUGGCACUGUAUUGCUCUCUACUUGACUGAACUCUUCAGCAUUACGAGAGAAAAACAGACCAACAGGUCAUUCUAUACCAGAAAUGUAGACUCAAAGCUGGCGGUUAUGGGUUUAACGUAAGACUUAGUGAUGUUCCGCUGAGAUCAAGGUGAUUGUAAUGCUUUCUGGUUUCUAUCAUGCUUGAGUUGGCCAUGAUUUGAUGUCUCGCACGACGACAUUUUCAUUACAAUUGCACUCUCAGCGCUAUAUGCUUUGGACCAUCAAGUUUAAAGUCUGGUUUAGAUGAACGGAACAGCAAGGCGUUCCUUAAAUCCUGUGUUUUCUCUGCAAACAAGAAGAGCGGAGGCACCGCCAUGAAAUAGCACUUAAAUCAGAAAUCUCAGCAGCUGUCUCAUCCCUUAUCAUUAUGAAAGGUUACAGCAAUGAUGACAUUAAGGAUUGAAGGAACAAAGAGCGACCGAAAUGAAAAAAUGGAAAUGGUAAAGAGGAAAAAAUUGCUCUGGAACAGAUUGUCGUUCUAAAUCAAAUGGGAAAAUGUAAUCUGGCGGUGUUCUGCAAACAAAUGCACGGUUCUGAUUUUCUGAAGUGACAGUCUUUGCAAACUAAGAAAUGGAUCAAACAGAUAGUUAUGUUUAACAGAUAUGUGGAUGAUAUACCAAGGUCUGUUAUUCAUUUGGUGUCCGCGGAUUAACGUCGCCUGGAGCUGUGAAUUGCGGAGACUAUCUUCAGAAGAUCUGGUUUAUGAUUAGCUGAUCCAAGAUAUGCUGGGAUGAAAUGCUACAACUUUCCUUGAUUAUUUCCUCUGACUUCCAGGACCUCAAUAUGGUUUCAGAUGGGGGCAGAUACAGAAAGUGUUUCAAUGUUUAACUCUACUUUUCAAGACUAUAUUGUUUUUACAGAGGAAAGAAUCAGAGUCCUUAACUCAUACUGGAUUAUAUUGCAGUUCCUUGUUAAUUUCACUUUAUUCUGAUUAUUUCUAGAUGUUGAAUGCAUUUGAGUUUUUCCAUAUUUAGAAAUGACAUAUUUAGUGUUUGUUUGCAGUUGAUAUUGUUUCAUAUCUUUUCCAAAUGGGACGUUGAUACUUGCAAACUGUAAUAAUGGCAGGACUUUUUGGAAAGGGAAAUUUGUCAUUUUUGAUCUGCCAUCUUAGUUCUGACCUUUUUCUAAAUAUUGAAAUUUGAAAAGCUCAGUACAAACAUACAAACCCCACUCAUGGGCGUAUUUCUACAGAAACAAAAACAUGUUUGAUUUGGCCAAUUGUUUUGUACUUUAUUUAAUAGUCUAUUUAUUUUUUACUUUAUUUAUUGUUUUAAUUACACUGAAUUGGGAUUUAUUUGUAAUGGAAGUUUGUCUUUCAGUCACAAUAAAAUCUUUGUAGCCUUUAAAUUCAAU